AUGUUCUGCAACAGGAUCAGCGACAGGGAGAAAACGGUUUACUUUGUUCUUUUGUUCUUCUGCAUCUGUGCUGGCGUGCUGAAUAUGCACUGGCUCUUUUCGAGACUGGCUGUCAGCAGUGCUGCUGCUACAUCGUCUUUAGCAGACUUGGCCUUGCAAAAGGUCCUCCACGAUGCUUCACCUGUCUUCGGCCAGUACAGUCCAUCAUCAGCCCCAAAGGCCAACUGGAUGAAGAACUACCCGGACAGCACUCCAAUCGUCCACAUGAAUCUCCCUGGUACCCACGACAGUGCCACUUGGAACUACUCGCAGGCCACACAGGAUGCUCUGCGUGCUGUGACAGAGCUCAACGGCAGCCCGUUGUAUGAUUCCGUCGUCUAUCGCUGUCAAACGCUGUCAUUUACAGACAUGCUUAACCGCGGGAUUCGUGUCUUUGACCUGCGCUUUGCCUUGGAUCCCACAAAUUCAUCCCUCGUGUUCUACCACGGCGCGGCUCUCCAGUCAGAAACAGCCACGGUGGAAGAUGUACUGUUCGUGUUCUAUCGGUGGCUUACCGACCACCCGGCUGAAGCGCUUUUUCUAUCUUUCCAGCAUGAAAGGCCGCCCUUCAGUGCUCUAGCCCAGCGGAAAACCUACGAUCUCUUUACCUCGGCCCAUGCCAAACAGUACAUUCUACAGACUCAGAACCGGUUGGGCACUCUUGGUGAUGCUCGUGGAAAGAUCACAUUAUUCCGUCGUUUUGAUCUUGAUGCUCUCCCGGACUCGUACACGGAGGCUUUACCAGGCAUCCACUUCUCUCCUCGCAAAUGGACGGUGAACUCGCCCAACAUCGAGUUAGUUUACAACCCCACGGAGAAUUCGAUUGCGUAUAUCGAGGACUUCUACGAGACUUCCGCCGGCCAGGGCACCAGCGCUGCGCUCAAUAUCCAGUGGAAGUACAAUGCGACAACUGCCCAUCUGACCAAGGCCGCCACCCAGGCCCCGGAUAGUCUAUUCUGGACGUUUGCAUCCAGCGAAUACAAUGCGAACAUUCCGCCAGACUUUCCUAGGAUCAUGGCAUUGGGGAACGGGACCAAAUUGACCCCGAAGGGUGGAGUCAACCAUCAGUUGGCAUCGUUUCUGAAGCAGCAGAAGGGGAAACGGAUGGGGAUCGUGAUGUUAGACUUCUUUGACGAGCCGGACGACUUGGUGGAUACAAUAUUGAGUUUGUAG